AUGAAGGGUGGUGGGGGCCCACCAACUAGUAGAUUAGACUGUACUCCCCAGGUCCCUUGUUCUCUCUUUGCUCUUUCUCUUUGUGUUGUCUUUUGGGAAGAGGUCGUUAUUCUGCAAUUUUUUUUUUCCUUUUAUUCUCUUCUCAACCUCUAUUUUUUUUUUUUUGUCGUCCCCUUUCUCCGCUUUCAAUUUGCAUUGUUUUCUUUCAUUUGGCUUCUUGAUUCCUUUUGUCUUCUUUCUCACUUUUUCUUUAUUUUUUUUAUACUUUUAAACACACCCGCCUAUUUAUUCUUUUACUAUCCUUUUCAAAUAUUCUUUUUCUUUCUGUGUCUUUUUUCUCUGCCCCUCCCCCAAACUAUCACUGUUCUUUUUUUCAUACAUACAUUUUCUUUCUACUUAGCUUCUAAUUAUUUUUCUCAUUUAAACUUGCCUUCUUUUUUAUUCUCUUUUUUCUAUCACACUUUUAUUCCUUAUUCUUACCAGCCUUUUUAA